AACAGAAUUCAUGAAAAGUGUUGAUGUGACUCACACACGAUGUGUGUUUAUGUGUAACAAGUGAAUCAAGUGUUUAAGCUCCUCCUCACUGUCUUUAUAAGCCUCAGUGUUUCUUCUCCUCACACUCCCGCCCUGCUCACCUCUCAGCUGGACUGUAAGGAACGUUUACAGCUCACACUGACAACAUGCUGGGGAUCCUCUGCACUCUGCUCACUGCUCUCACAUGUAAGAUAUUCAUUCAUUCAUUUCAUGCUCCAUGUUUUCAUGCACAAACCUUUCCCCUGACUUUUCUCUGUGUGUUGACAGAUGUUGAUGCAGCGAUAGUGCUGACUCAGACGCCUGCUGUCCACUCAGUUUCUACAGGACAAGAGGUUGUCCUCAACUGCAACAUUCAGAGAGAUGAUGGAUAUUCUGUGUCAUGGUAUAAACAGGUUCCUGGUGAAGCUCCUCAGUAUGUUCUCAGUUUUUACCAUACGCACAGUUCUCCAGACUUUGGAUCAGGAUUCUCUUCAGACCGGUUCAACUCUAAAUCCUCUUCAGACACAGAAUACCAGUUCAUCAUAAAGCGUUCAGAGACAGGAGACUCUGCUCAGUAUUACUGUCAGACAUGGGAUGACUCUGCUAGUGAAGCUGUAUUCGGACAAGGAACCAAGCUGAUUGUGACAAGCUCCAGCCUCCGUCCUCCCGUCCUCACUGUCUUUCCUCCGUCCAGUGCUGAGCUGCAGUCCAACAAAGCCUCUUUGGUCUGUCUGUCCAGUCAGUCUGGGCCUUUUGCAGAUGUGACCUGGAUGUCUGGAGGGAGUCCAGUGGUCACUGGGAUCUCUACCAGCACCGCUGUUAAGCAACCUGAUCAGACGUUCCACAUCAGCAGCUAUCUGGCCAUCCAGGCGUCAGACUGGAACAUGGAUAAGGUUUACACAUGUAAAGUGUCUUUGGGCUCCCAGACUGCAGAGAAAAACAUCAAGAAGUCUGAGUGCCUCACUGAACAACAGUAGAGGAGCAGAAGGACCAUUUAACAUCUGCUUCUUCCCUCUUUGUGCUGUUUAUUCAUCACGAGCGUUAUAUGUUAGAACAUGUGACUCCACGCUUGUAGUACAUGUUGUUGACAGUUAGGUAGAGGUGUUGUAUCCGCUUUGCAAACGGUAAAAUGUAGUAAAACCUUUUGAAUAAAAAGCAUUUUGUAAAACAACA